UGGUGUGUGGGUGGUGUAGCGUAAAAAUAGGGAAUAUACCGGCGAAGAUUCCAACAUGCUGCGGUAUCUCCGCCCUGUAUAUAUACCCACAAACCUCCCCUAAUUCUCCCUCCACCGCCAAAAAGAAAAUUUAAAACAAAGGAUCUAAGGAAGGAAGGAAAAAAUGUCGACGGAAGAGAACAAUAACUUGAAGGUGCUGAACGCCCUCGAUGUGGCGAAGACGCAGUGGUACCAUUUCACGGCGAUCAUCAUCGCCGGAAUGGGGUUCUUCACCGACGCAUACGACCUCUUCUGCAUCUCCCUCGUCACCAAGAUGCUCGGCCGAAUCUACUACCACGUAGACGGCUCCCCGAAGCCUGGAACCCUCCCGCCGCAGGUCUCUGCCGCCGUCAACGGCGUCGCCCUCUGCGGAACCCUCGCCGGCCAGCUCUUCUUUGGGUGGCUCGGGGACAAGAUGGGCCGGAAGAAAGUCUACGGCGUCACCCUUCUCCUCAUGUGCCUAUGCUCCGUCGCGUCGGGCCUUUCCUUCGGGAGCGACGCUAAAUCCGUCAUGGCCACGUUAUGCUUCUUCAGGUUCUGGCUCGGGUUCGGCAUCGGCGGCGACUAUCCGCUCUCCGCCACCAUCAUGUCGGAAUACGCUAACAAGAAGACUCGCGGCGCGUUUAUAGCGGCGGUGUUCUCCAUGCAGGGGUUUGGGAUUCUAGCUGGCGGGAUCUUCGCCAUGAUUCUCUCCGCAGCUUUCGAGGCCAGGUUCAACCCUCCGCCAUACGAGGUCGACCCCAUAGCUUCGACGCCGCCGCAGGCGGACUAUCUCUGGAGAAUCAUCCUCAUGGUUGGCGCGAUUCCGGCGAUGCUCACAUUCUACUGGCGGCUGAAGAUGCCGGAAACCGCCCGCUACACCGCCUUGGUCGCCAAAAACGCUCAACAGGCUGCGAACGACAUGUCGAAAGUUCUCAACGUCGAAAUCGAAGCGGAGCAACAAAAGGUGGAGCAAAUAGCCGCCCAGAAAAAGGUCUCGUACGGCCUGUUCUCAAAGGAGUUCCUCCGCCGCCACGGGCUGCACUUACUCGGAACCACCAGCACAUGGUUCUUGCUCGACAUCGCUUUCUACAGCCAGAACCUCUUCCAGAAAGACAUCUUCACCGCCAUCGGCUGGAUUCCUCCGGCGAAAACCAUGAACGCGAUCCAAGAAGUCUACACCAUCGCCAGAGCCCAAACCCUAAUAGCCCUGUGCAGCACAGUCCCCGGCUACUGGUUCACCGUCGCUUUAAUCGACGUCAUCGGAAGAUUCGCCAUUCAGUUGAUCGGAUUCUUCUUCAUGACAGUGUUCAUGUUCGCCUUGGCCUUCCCGUACCACCACUGGACCAAACCGGAGAACCGAAUCGGGUUCGUGGUGAUGUACUCCCUGACUUUCUUCUUCGCCAACUUCGGACCCAACGCAACGACGUUCGUGGUUCCGGCGGAGAUAUUUCCGGCGAGGCUCCGGUCAACCUGCCACGGAAUAUCAGCUGCCUCCGGUAAAAUGGGAGCCAUGAUCGGGGCGUUCGGGUUCUUGUACUUGGCCCAGAAUCAAGACCCGACGAAGGCGGAUGCUGGUUACCCGGCCGGAAUCGGGGUCCAGAAUUCGCUGAUCGUGUUGGGGGUGGUCAAUCUUUUGGGGUUGAUGUUCACUUUCUUGGUGCCGGAAUCGAAAGGGAAGUCUCUGGAGGAAAUGUCCGGCGAAAAUGAAGACAUGAACGAUGAAGAAAGUAGCAGAAGAACAACUCCGGCGGUGUAAUAACUACUCAAAAAUAGAGUUUCUAUGAGCAAAUGUAGAAUUAAUUGCAGGUAUAUAUGUAAUUGUAA